GGCGCGGCGGGCGCAGGGCUCAUGUAAUCAAAGAAGUUUCUUUGUUGUGUGUAUCUUUUCAGAACACAACAGGAAUUGAAAAUGAAUCAGAACGCUCCUGAGCCUGUAGCAGUUGCCGAGACCCUGGCCGAGGUACCUGACCAUGUACUUCGAGGACUUCCAGAGGAAGUGAGGCUUUUCCCAUCUGCUGUGGACAAGACUCGGAUUGGUGUCUGGGCCACUAAACCAAUUUUAAAAGGCAAAAAGUUUGGGCCAUUUGUUGGUGAUAAGAAAAAGAGAUCUCAAGUUAAGAAUAAUGUAUACAUGUGGGAGGUAUAUUACCCAAAUUUGGGAUGGAUGUGUAUUGAUGCCACCGACCCAGAGAAGGGGAACUGGCUGCGAUAUGUGAAUUGGGCUUGUUCAGGAGAGGAGCAAAAUUUAUUUCCGCUGGAAAUCAACAGGGCCAUUUACUAUAAAACUUUAAAGCCAAUCGCGCCGGGCGAGGAGCUCCUGGUCUGGUACAAUGGGGAAGACAACCCCGAGAUAGCAGCUGCGAUUGAGGAAGAGCGAGCCAGCGCCCGGAGCAAGCGGAGCUCCCCGAAAAGCAGGAAAGGGAAGAAAAAAUCCCAGGAAAAUAAAAACAAAACAAACAAAAUUGAAGACAUACUGCUGAAGACAAGUGAGCCAGAUUUCACCUCUGCAAAUAUGAGAGAUUCUGCGGAAGGUCCCAAAGAAGAGGACGAGAAGCCUUCUGCCUCAGCAGCUGAGCAGACAGCCGUUCUUCAGGAGAUGGUUAGUCAAGAUGUGCUUCCAGAACUAGUAGUCCCUCCCCCUGCCUGCGAACCACAGACAGAACCAGACGAGAAGCUAGAAGCAACAAAUUGUGAGGUGAAUGAUUUGGAGGAAGAGGAGGAGGAAGAAGAAGACGAAGAUGAUGAGUUGGAAGAAGAGGGGGAAGAGGAAGCUGACACGCCAAAUGAAAGUUCUGUGAAAGAGCCAGAAAUACGGUGUGAUGAGAAGCUAGAAGAUUUAUUAGAAGAACCAAAGAGUAUUUCAAAAGAAACUCUUGAAGACUCUCCAGAGGUAACAUCUGUUAUCAGAAUUCCCAAAACGAAAGAAGAAGCCAAUGGUGAUGUAUUUGAAGCAUUUAUGUUUCCAUGUCAGCAUUGUGAAAGGAAAUUUACAACCAAACAGGGGCUUGAACGUCACAUGCAUAUCCAUAUAUCUACAGUCAAUCAUGCUUUCAAAUGCAAGUACUGUGGGAAAGCAUUUGGCACACAGAUUAACAGGAGGAGGCAUGAGCGUCGCCAUGAGGCAGGGUUAAAGCGAAAACCCAGCCUAACACUACAGCCAUCAGAAGACCCAGCUGAUGGCAAAGGAUCUGGAGACAGUGUUCCUCCAAAAGAUGACUCCAGUCCUCCCAGUCUUGGGCAAGACUGUCUGAUCUUGAAUUCAGAGAAAGCUUCCCAAGAAACAGUAAAUUCUUCUGUUGUAGAAGAGAAUGGAGAAGUUAAAGAGCUUCAUCCAUGCAAAUAUUGUAAAAAGGUUUUUGGAACUCAUACUAAUAUGAGACGGCAUCAGCGUAGAGUUCAUGAACGUCAUCUGAUUCCCAAAGGUGUACGGCGAAAAGGAGGCCUCCUCGAAGAGCCACAACCUCCAGCAGAGCAGGCCCAGCCCACCGAGAGUGUCUAUGUACCAAGCACAGAACCGGAGGAGGAAGGGGAGGCAGAUGACGUGUACAUCAUGGAUAUUUCUAGCAAUAUCUCUGAAAACUUAAAUUACUAUAUUGAUGGUAAAAUUCAGACCAGCAGCAGCACUAGUAACUGUGACGUGAUUGAGAUGGAAUCCAGUUCGGCAGACUUGUAUGGUAUAAAUUGUCUGCUUACUCCAGUUACGGUGGAAAUUACCCAAAAUAUAAAGACCACACAGGUCCCCAUAACAGAUGAUCUUCCUAAAGAGCCUUCCAGCAGCACAAACAGUGAGUCCAAGAAACGGAGAACUGCUAGUCCUCCUGUGUUACCCAAAAUUAAGGCUGAAACCGAGUCUGAUCCUGUAGCAGCCUCGUGUUCCUUAAGUCUGCCUCUUAGCAUAGCAACUACAGAGGCAGUACCUUUCCACAAAGAGAAGAGUGUGUAUUUGUCAUCGAAGCUCAAACAGCUUCUGCAAACCCAGGGUAAACUAACUCCUGCAGGAAUUCCAGCAACUGAAAUACCUAAGUUAGGUCCUGUUUGUGUGUCUGCUCCUGCUUCAGUGCUGCCUGUGCCCUCGAGUAGGUUUAAGCGGCGGACCAGCUCUCCUCCCAGCUCUCCACAACACAGUCCUGCCCUUCGAGACUUUGGAAAGCCAAGCGAUGGUAAAGCCGUGUGGUCUGACGUAGUUCUAAGUUCCAAAAAACCCAAAUUAGAAAGUCAUAACAACUCACCAGCGUGGAGUUUGUCUGGGAGAGAUGAGAGAGAAACCGUGAGUCCGCCAUGCUUUGAUGACUAUAAAGUAUCUAAAGAGUGGGCACCCAGUUCUACUUUUAGUAAUGUAUGCAACCAGCAGCCACUGGAUUUAUCCAGUGGUGUAAAACAGAAGGCUGAGGGUGCAGGCAAGACUCUGGUCCAGUGGGAAUCUGUAUUAGAUCUCAGUGUGCAUAAAAAGCCUUGUAGUGACUCUGAAGGCAAGGAAUUCAAAGAAAAUCAUUUGGUCCACCCAGCCUGCAGUGCUGUGAAGAAAAAGAAACCAACCACCUGCAUGUUACAGAAGGUUCUUCUCAAUGAGUACAAUGGCAUCGAUUUACCUAUAGAAAAUACUCCAGAUGUGACCAGGAGCCCGAGUCCUUGCAAAUCCUUAGAUCCCCAGCCAGAUCCUGACCUGGGUCCUGACUCUAGUUUAUCUGCUUCUGCUGUCGAGUCCCUACCUGAUGUUUCUCCUUCAUCACCUGCCCGACAGACAUCUUCCCUUUCUUCCGGGCAGCUGCCUCCUCUCUUGAUCCCGACAAAUCCCUCCUCUCCUCCGCCCUGUCCUCCUGUGUUAACUGUCGCCACCCCACCCCCUCCCCUCCUUCCUACUGUACCUCUGCCAGCCCCCUCCUCUGGUGCAUCUGCUCGUCCAUGCCCCUCUCCACUCUCGAAUGCCGCUGCGCAGUCCCCACUUCCAAUCCUUUCCCCUACAGUGUCUCCCUCACCAUCUCCCAUUCCUUCCGUGGAGCCUCUUAUGUCUGCUGCUUCACCUGGGCCUCCAACACUCUCUUCCUCUUCUUCCUCCUCCUCUUCUUCAUCUUCAUUCUCUUCUUCAUCUUCCUCCUCUUCCCCUUCGCCACCUCCUCUCUCAGCAGUAUCAUCCGUUGUUUCCUCUGGGGAUAAUCUGGAAGCUUCUCUCCCCAUGAUAGCUUUCAAACAGGAGGAAUUAGAGAAUGAAGAUCUGAAACCCAGGGAAGAGCCCCAGUCUGCAGUUGAACAGGACAUUGUUCAGGAAACAUUCAACAAAAACUUUGUCUGCAAUGUCUGUGAAUCACCUUUUCUUUCCAUUAAAGAUCUAACCAAACAUUUAUCUAUUCAUGCUGAAGAAUGGCCCUUCAAAUGUGAAUUCUGUGUGCAACUUUUUAAGGCUAAAACUGAUUUGUCAGAACAUCGCUUUUUGCUUCAUGGAGUUGGGAAUAUCUUUGUGUGUUCAGUUUGUAAAAAAGAAUUUGCUUUUUUGUGCAAUUUGCAGCAGCACCAGCGAGAUCUCCAUCCAGAUAAAGUGUGCACACACCAUGAGUUUGAAAGUGGCACUCUGAGGCCCCAGAACUUUACAGAUCCCAGCAAGGCCCAUAUAGAGCAUAUGCAGAGUUUGCCAGAAGAUCCUUUAGAAACAUCUAGAGAAGAGGAGGAGUUAAACGAUUCCUCUGAAGAGCUUUACACAACCAUAAAAAUAAUGGCUUCUGGAAUAAAGACGAAAGAUCCAGAUGUUCGAUUGGGUCUCAAUCAACAUUACCCGAGCUUUAAACCACCUCCAUUUCAGUACCAUCACCGAAAUCCCAUGGGUAUCGGUGUGACGGCCACAAAUUUCACUACACACAAUAUUCCGCAGACGUUUACUACUGCCAUUCGCUGCACAAAGUGUGGAAAAGGUGUUGACAACAUGCCUGAGUUACACAAACAUAUCCUGGCCUGUGCUUCUGCUAGUGACAAGAAGAGGUAUACCCCUAAGAAAAAUCCAGUACCGUUGAAACAAACUGUGCAACCCAAAAAUGGUGUGGUGGUUUUAGAUAACUCUGGGAAAAAUGCCUUCAGACGAAUGGGACAGCCCAAAAGACUGAACUUCAGUGUUGAGCUCAGCAAAAUGUCAUCGAAUAAGCUCAAAUUAAGUGCAUUGAAGAAAAAAAAUCAGCUUGUCCAGAAAGCAAUCCUUCAGAAAAACAAAUCUGCAAAGCAGAAGGCCGACUUAAAAAACGCUUCUGAGUCCUCCUCACACAUCUGCCCGUACUGUAACAGAGAGUUCACGUACAUCGGAAGCCUGAAUAAACAUGCCGCUUUCAGCUGCCCCAAAAAACCUCUUUCUCCUUCAAAAAAAAAAGUUUCUCAUUCAUCCAAGAAAGGCGGACACUCAUCACCUGCGUGUAGUGACAGAAACAGCAGCAGCAGCCACCGCAGACGGACAGCGGAUGCAGAGAUUAAAAUGCAGAGCACGCAGGCGCCCCUGGGUAAAACCAGAGCCCGCAGCUCAGGCCCCACACAAGCCCCCCUGCCCUCCUCGGCCUUCAGAUCCAAGCAGAAUGUCAAAUUUGCAGCUUCGGCGAAGUCCAGAAAGCCAAGCUCCACUUUAAGGAACUCAAGCCCAAUAAGAAUGGCCAAAAUAACUCAUGUCGAGGGGAAAAAACCCAAGGCUGUGGCCAAGAAUCAUUCUGCUCAGCUCUCGAACAAGACUUCCCGGAACCUGCACGUGAGGGUACAGAAAAGCAAAGCUGUCUUAAAAAGCAAAUCCGCUUUGGCCAGUAAGAAAAGAACAGACCGGCUCAAUGUCAAAUCUAGGGAGCGGAGUGGGGGGCCGGUCACCCGAAGCUUCCAGCUGGCAGCUGCUGCCGACCCGAGUGAAAACAGGAGGGAGGACAGCAGUGGCAGGCAGGAGCUGAAGGACUUCAGGUGUAAGAUAAUAAAGAGGCCAGUUUCCCAAGGAGAAGAGGAGGAGAGAGCGCUUAGAGCCCUGCAGUGGGGCAUCCUCGGGGUUCUCUCAGGCACGGGUGGUAUCCAGGGCAGGUCGGCUUCAUUGGUCGGUGCCUUGGUUCCCCAGUGAUGGUGUGAGAGCUCCUCUUACAUCUGAGGUGAUUUUACAGCCUUGUUCUAUGUUCUCCCUAUGUUAAGAACUAUUCUUAGUGACAGAUAAAAACAUAGGGCAAUAGUUAAAUUUGUUACAUUGACUCCUCAAACUUUCUAAGUUACUUAAAUAGCCUGAGUUGAUGUGUGCUCUUGGAAUUCCUGCUCUUUCCUGAAUAAUGCCUACAGGUCAAUCUCAUGUGAAAUUAUUCAUUGUCAGAUAAAAUUUCUGCAGAAUUUUGAAAAAUCUUGUCCCUUCAGAGUGAGCUGCCUGACUCUAGGCUUUCUUGGCUAUACCUUUCAGUGUCUGAAAAUUCUUUGGUGUUUCAGGCCAACAGAAUUAGUGUUAAUGGGGAGCGACUGCCGUUCUGGAGGGGCCGUGAGAAGGGGAAGGUGCUGUUAUCACAGCACAGUUGCCGAGGUCGAGUUGUUUGUGCUGGUGCCUUAAGUCACGGCUACAGAAAGAUGUCGAGAAGAGCCAUGAGCUGAAGCUGAUGGGAAUGACUUACUGUAGGAUAAAGGAUCAGGUUUUUAGAAAGCUACUUCCUAAAUGUACUAAGUAAUCAGUUCCCGUAGAUCACAUUCAAUAUCUUGUCUCUGGCCACGGCACGUGCAUGUGUAGCAUUUGGGAAUUUAGCUCUGGUGAAAACAAGCACCUGUUUAUCAGCUGAUAAAGCUGCCUGCCUCUAGCAAUUUCGCUGUGUACCUGUUUGUACCCCGUCUGUGUUCUUGUAGUUCCACAACGACAGAAUAUUCUUAAACUGAGUCCUUUUCAAGCUUAAGAACCAGAAUAUGCCUCUUUUCACAGAUUGUACUAAAAAAUAUCUCCCAUGUGGUUGAUGCUUUAGAAUGCACUAGGUGUGUCCCGUUUUGUCUCCAGUACUGUCUGAAAGAAUCACUCAUUUUGUACUGAUCCCAUUUAUACAGUUUAAGGGUAAAGUCGAUAUGAAAAAUUCAAGUACUAUAAAGAAAAGUUCUCUGAGUAGCUAUAAAUUUAUGAAGUUCCUUCAGUUAGCCUCUUACUCAUCCAGUGCUUUUUGAAGAACCCUUAAGACCGCAGAGGACCAAAGUGCCUAUUAAGAGUAUGUCUCUUCUUUGCUCCAGUUAAUUUUAAUUAUUUUGCUUUGCGUGAUAGUUAACAGAGGGUUACAUUGCUGGAAUGAAAUUUGGCCUAAAAGGAAACACAGAAGAAUCAGAUAAGAAAACCUGGGUAUUGUUCUAAGUGGUAGAUGGUAGUAGCAGGUAUCCAGGGUGGCUGUUCUCCUUCGUACGAGUCACUGGAACUGUGCAGUGGACGCAUCUGAAGGAUGUGUGUCUUACACAGGGGUCCACUUACAAGUGACCAUAAAUUUGCGAAGUAUUUUUGGGAAUUAAAACACAAAUGUUCAACAAGAUAAUCAUGUUUUGAUUAUCUUAACACAAGAGUGGGCAUUUCUUCAGAGGGUUUGUUGUAGUCUUCUUGUACCUUGUAUUGAAUUUGGUGUAAAACCGGGAUUCCUGAACUCAGGCCUGCGGAAUGUGGUGGUUCAUCAGCGCCCAGCCCAGGGCUCUUAGAGAGUAGACCUGGUCCUUGGUACUUGUGUUUUAACUAUCGUCUUCUUUCGUUUUCAGUAUGUUGUUUCUACUUGUAAGUUUUAUUCAGGGCUGGCUUCAUGGCGCAUUUUUAGAAGUACUCACUUUUCACUCUCUUUUUAGUGAUUUUGCUUCACUUAGCCCACUACAUAGUCAAGGACUUACUGCAGAACUGGCAGCACCUCUUUUCCUGUGUAUUUCAUUAUAAGAAACUGUGAUUAAGAGCUAGUCCCCAACACUCAGACAUUUUACAUUUGAAUGCCAGUUUAGAAUUCCACAGAUUUUCAAGUAUAUCCUUGCAGUCAGCCAUGUGAAUGAAGUCAUACUUUUCCAUUUAACACUGAGGGCUCAGCAGAAUUUGCCAGUUGGUCAUUUCCUGGAGAACAAGCCAUUGUGCCAAUCUGGGUAUAAAAAAGACAUGUGCUCCAAAUCCUUUUCUUAGGACAAAGCAGCAAAGGACACCAGGCGUACCACCCAUCUUUAGAGUCUCCUGUUACAGCUCUUAAUCCAGUGACCCCUGUGUUGGGCUCACUGUCCACAGUUAGCCGUUGGAGCCUACCUGUGGCUUAUUGGUGGGACUGAAUUUAGAUCUGUGGCUGAGGGCUCGUUUCCUUGGACUAUAAGACAACAAGAGGGAAAGAGGUGCAUUCUCUGCUCUACUCUGAUCCAUCUUUGGUUAAUCCCAAGGUGUUUUUACAUUCUUUAAUGUUCCUUUUAGAGCAACUUCUUUUUUAAUACUGUGUUCCCAAUGUAGCCAGUAAAGAACACUUAAAGAUGGAGAAGCAAAAUGAAACGCCAGACCAAGUUUUCCCAUUUACCAUGAAUUGAUUAAAAAAAUAAAAUGAUGCUAAUUUCCACACAUCCGUCUCUGCCACACCACUCCAAAUAGACCUGCUUGUGGUUCCUCCCAGCACACGUCUUUUGAGUGGGAUACUCAAGUUUCUGCAUACCUUCAGAGUCAUUCUGUUGCUGUCUGAGCAUUUGUCACAUGGUCUACUCACCUUUUCUUUGACAUGGUCAAUUAUAUAAGGUUAUGUUAUGUUGUCAUUUAUCUUCAGUUUUCUUAUUUUCUAGGAACUUCCUGUAGAAAAGCCCCCCAAACAAAACAAACCUUAAUUAACUAAAUAAAGAUAUUGCAUGCUCAACUUAGGAUAAGCACUACGGCAAAGAAUACGAAAUCUACCAAGCUUGCAAGACCCAGUUGAAGCUGACUCAAAAAUGCUCCCACAGCCGAUUGCCAGCAGGCUUCUUGUGCUGGUUAGAGGCAGGCAUCCGCUUCUUCGCUGGUGCCCAUCACACGUGCUGGGCUCUCGGGUGAUUGGCUGUAGGAUGGGCUAGAUGAGCUGGCUCGUCGUCACGGGACUGUCGCUCAAAUCAGUGUGGCCCUGGUUUUUGGCACAUAGCAGAGAAAGGAAUAAUUUGAAGGUAACCUUGCAAAGCAAGUCCUCUGCUUUAUCAAUAGUUUGUUGUAGAUUUCAGGGAUGACAAAUGUGAUGCACUCAUUUUAAGACGUUUUGGUCACACACCAGCUCUUGAUGCCUUUCUUUUAAAUGAAUUGUAGAUAGAAAGAGAGGUAUUUAGCUUCUCUCUUAGCCUGUUUUUUUUAUCACAAGCAGAUUGCCAGCAUAAUGGAGAGGAAGCCAGAUUGGAUAUGGACUUUUUUUAUGCCUCUUCCAGUGUCAUGUUUAUAUAUCCAAAUGGACAGUAUCCUCUCAGAUUAUUAUCUGGCAGUAAUUUAUAACUAUUAUAUUAUCGAAGACUAUGUAGCAAUAUAUCAGUGCCCAGGAUGGAUCACAGGCCUGUAUAGAUGUGGGUCUACACGUGAGUAUAAAUGAAUUUACACACCAGCUUUUACACUGCAGUCCCUAAUAGAGAUUAAAAACAACACAUUGGCCCCUUCCUGAGUAUAUAAGUAUCAUUUCUCCGUGCGUUAUAUGCCUUCCCCCUAAUUAAUGACAGUUGGUGGAAAAUGGUUAGGUUCAUUCAUGUUGUUUUUUUGUUCUCAACUUUAAAAUAAUCUACCUCUUAAAAUCUGUAGUUUAAUACUUGUUUGGUGAAUUUGUGCCACUUUAACCCUUUCACUAUCAUUCCCAUUUUGUUACAUUUCUGUUACUGGGACUUUGUGUUGAAAUAUUGUGUAAAGCAUUUGUAGUAGUUUAAAAUAAAAUAUUUAAAAUUAUUUAAAUUGUUUUGGACGCUUCAAUUGUAUUAUAUGUGAUUUACAUUUUACAUUUUUGUUUGAGUUGUUAAUCUGGAGAGUGUACUUGUAUUGAAGUUUGCUGUUAGUUAUUUUAUUGUUUCUUGUUGGAGAGUGAUAUAAAAGACUAUUCUAAUGAAAACAUUAAAAUUUGCAAUUUGACUUACAAAAGGGGUUGUCCGUUGAUUUUAACCGAUGUAGCCUUGAGAGAGAGAGGUUCAUUAUUAUAGACAGACAAGUGAAGAGUGCUGUUUGCUGUUUCUCUCUCCCCUUCCAGCAUGAAAUAAACCAUUUGAGUUUGUCAGAUGUAUAAAAAAGUUUUUUUAUGCUCUUGCUAGCAAGCACUUAAUAACUAGGGGGAAUUCAAAUGAUUCAUUUUAUAUAAUUGUAACCAAUAAAAACACUUUCUAAAUGCUUGUGAAAGGACUGCAUUUUGUACAUCACUGGGAGCAGUUAAGGGAAGGAAAUGAAGGGGCACGUAGGACAAGUGUUCAGAGGCUGCACUCUCAUAGGUGCAGCGUGGAGAGGCCACCCAGACCUCUUUUCACUUGUUUCUGUUUGGCAUUAACUGAAUAUUUGUAAAUUCAAAUGGCUUAUACACCAUCUAGAGGGUAGACAGGCGGUGGGACGGACAGUGGUGCUA